UUACGUUUUCUAAAUCCUUUUUCUAAAAUAUAUUUGAAAGACUUAUUAAUUGACAAUCAACGAUUGCAAGUGUGAAUUAAGAAUCUGAAGUGCCAAUUGACGGGACUUUACAAAACUGCACUUUUGAAAACUACUCGAAAAAAGAAGUCGAGAUGAUAAUCCUUGAGUGCUAGAAAGAAAGACCAACAGCGUGCCGAUGAUUCGUGAUUGGAUAAACACGUGUCUGUGCUUUAAAUGUGAAGUAAUUCGUGUGAGAACUACCUUUCUCUCUCUGAGAAACGUGCGCAAGGUUGACGACAUCCAGAAGAGUCGAGAAAGCAAAAAGAAAUGCAUAUCCGGUCGCAACAGCUGGGCGCUCGCGGAGUCUCCAUGGACAUGAAAACAUCAUGGGCGGCUCAGGAAUACGACUCCACGUUUCCUAAUUUGGAAAAUAUGGCACGCUUCCAGCAGAAGCAGCUGCAGGAGAAGGAGCAGAAGUUGCUGCAGCUAUACGAUCAGCAGCAGCAACGGGCCUACCAGGUGGUGCAGCGGGGUAGCGCGGGUUCGAAUCACGGGGGCUCCACCGCGAUCAGAACCGCGACGACGGUGACGGCGACGGCGACGACGACGACGACGACGACCUCGACCUCGCAAGGCGGUAAGGUGAGGCAAAUGUUCGACGAAAGGCGGCAGACUACCGUGAAGGGAAUCGACAGGAGCUACCCGCUGGAACCGCUCGAGAACAAAGUGCGAAAGCAAGCGAAUAUCAACGGCCUGGCGACGCAGAGGAACGGUAAUGUGACGGUGAAUCGGCAGUCCGUGAAACGCGUGGCGCGCGCGGACGUCAACAGUAACAUUAACGGCGGCAAGCCCGUUGUUUCUUACCACGAAGAAAUCAGUCGCGAAUCAUUCGGGCCGGCCGAACGUCGCCACGUCGACGACGAGGACGAGUACGCGGUCGAGAAUCGCGUUACCACGUUCGCCAACGGAUAUUACCGUCACGAAGCUGACAAUGAGCAAGAAGAAGCGUUAGACCAGGAGACGAUAGAGAGAAAUCGUAUGAUGGCGAAGAUCCACCUGAUGGGAUACGACGAGACUCUUAAGCAUCGCGUGAGGAACGAUUUGGAGAAUGAGGAGUUUCCGGAAUAUCUUAUGGUGGAUGUGCCCGACAAGCUCUCGAAGAGGAACGUCACGAAAAAGUUGUCUCAGGCGGAAGAGCGACUCGAACGAUUCAAGAACACAAACGCGAAAAGAAGUAACAUGCCGAAACAGUCGACUUCGAUAAGAAAGCGAUCGGAACAAGUUCCGACAAAAUCGAAUUUCAGACCGAGGAGCGGAUUCGCCGCCGGGACUUCCCCGAUCAGCGCGAGAAGCGGAAGCGACCGGGCCUCAGAACGCAGUCAGAGGGUUCUCGAAAAUGCGAUAAGUCCGGAUAUCAAGACGUUCAGCCAACGCACGAGCCCGCGAAGCUUCUCGGGAAUUAAUCCCGGGAGUAAUGAGUUUAAGUCAUUGACGUCCGACGGAAAGAUAAUUGUAAGACGCAGCGGGAGUCCGCAGUUCUUUUGCAGAGAAUCCGAAAGAUCUGUCACGACUAUGAGCAUCGAUCGCGGUUCCGACUCGUCCGGAUCGCCAUUGUUUCGUCGCGAAACGUUAACGAAGCAAAGUAGAAGCUCGCCAUUUUUUCUCAACGAAUCUCGCAGAACAGGCGAGUCUAAUAAGCCAUCGGUAUGGAGUGACACGGGAAUCUUGUCGAAACAAAGUACAAGUCCACUGUACGAUGAGAAGACAUUGAAAAGUCGAAGCACCAGUCCGCAAUUCUUCUGCAGAGAAUCCGAACGAUCUGCCACGACCAUGAGCCUCGAUCGCAAAUCCGAUUCCUCCGGGUCGCCACUAUUUCAUCGAGAAACGUUAACGAAACGAAGUAGAAAUCCGCCAUUUUUUCUAAGUGAAUCUCGCAGAGCUGAACAGUCUAAGUUACCGGUAUGGGGUGACACAAGAAUUUCGUCAAGACAAAGCACGAGUCCACUGUACGAUGAGAAGACAUUGAAAAGUCGAAGCACCAGUCCGCAAUUCUUCUGCAGAGAAUCCGAACGAUCUGCCACGACCAUGAGCAUCGAUCGUGCGACCGGCGAAUCAAAAUCACCGUCGUACGAUCGGGAAAUAGUAAAGGGAGCCGCAAGUCCGCGAUUCUUCCUCAGUGAUUUCGAACGAUCUCGCGGAACGAGUGAAGCUAAGUCACCGAUAUGGGACAGAAGCGUUUUGCCAAGACAUAGCACGAGUCCGCAGUAUUCUCGUGGUGAAUUCAAACGAUCGGAGACAGCUACGAGUACCGAUCGCGAAACUAUCGAAUCCAAGUCGUCCGGGUGGAGCAAGCGGGACACAAGUCCGCAAUUCUUCUGCAAAGAAUCCGAACGAUCUGCCACGACCAUGAGCAUCGAUCGUGCGACUAGCGAAUCUAAAUCACCGUCAUCUGAUUGGGAAACAGUAACAAGGCGAAACGCAAGUUCACGAUUCUCCGAAUCUCGUAGAACGAAGGAGGGUAGAUCAUCGGUAUCCAAAUUAUUUGAGUGGAACAAAGGAAUGUCGACAAAGCGAGAUAAGACAGAUUUUGAACGGAAGAAAGUCCAAAUGAGUCUUGAUCAGCAAACUCCUUUCUCUAAAUCGGCACAAUACGAAGAGAAAAUAUUUAAAAAACGAAACACCAGUCCGCAAUUCUUUUGUAAAGAGUCCGAACGAUCUGCCACAACCAUGAGCAUCGAUCGUGUAACUGGCGAGUCCAAGUCACCAUCGUACGAUCGGAAAAUAAUAACAAAACGAAGAGCAAGUCCAAGAUUCUUUCUCAGUGACUCCGAACGAUCCCGCACAACGAGUGAAACUAAAUCACCGAUAUGGGACAGGGAAAUUUCGUCAAGACAGAGCACAAGUCCGCAGUAUUUCGGUCGUGAAUCGAAACGAUCCGAGACAGCUAUGAGUACCGAUCGAGAGACUAUCGAAUCCAAGUCGUCUGGGUGGAGCAAGCGAAACACAAGUCCGCAAUUCUUCUGCAGAGAAUCCGAACGAUCUGCCACGACUAUGAGCAUCGAUCGCAAAGUUGGCGAACCUAAAUCGUCGAUCUGGCGUGAUCGAAAACUAUUGACGGAGCGAAGCGCAACUCCACGGCUGUUGAACGGAAGGACAAAGCGACGAUCCGCAGCUGUUCCAAACAUCGAUCAGAAAUACAGUGAAAUUACGUCGCGGAACACGAGUCCACAAUUUUUCUGCAAAGAGUCCGAGAAGUCCGCUACGACGAUGCUGAUCGAGUCACGAUCGAAACCAACGAACGCCACUGAAAAUAUAUUGAAGCAGCGCUCAGACAUUUCCUACAAGCAAUCCAGAAAAUCUCCGAUUGACAAAAGGAUCAGUUCUACGAAACACCGACGCGUUCCGAGUCAUCUGACUACUAAUAGACACGAGGUGAAAAAAGCUUCCGAGAAGCAUGAUAUCUCCAAGAGUGUUACAGAAGGUCGCAGAUCGUCGAAAAUCUCGGAGACGUCGGCCAGCUCGAUCGUAAACCUCAGGUACGGUUUGGAAUUCGAUAACAUCUUCCAAUCAGUGGGGCUCGUCCGUAAGUUUAUGAAGUCCCAAAACGGGAAACAGCGUGUGGCUCGUCAAUCGCCUUCGAGACAUAUCACUAAGAACGUAAACGCUCGAAUCUCCGCGAGAGGUGAUCGGUCAGGAAACCGACGUAAAACUUCGCCGCCUGUUCCAACAGCGAGAUCGCCAUCUACCGGCGUCGGCGGGAGGAGAGCCACGCCGGAGUUCCCUCGCAAAAGUAUCACUCCGACAGAAGUUGACGUGGACAUUCAGGAGAUUACUAUGACGGAUCAUCGUAUUGAACGCGACAAACUGCAAAAAGCGUCGAGCCCAAUACCGAAGCGACAGUUCGAUGGAACGCACGCGAAAUCGUCCGAAAGCGGUAAAGCGAAAUUCGAAACUUCGAUCGCCUGUCCCGUCCGCCAAACCCGCGGGCGGGGAGGAGGGUCCGCUUUCGAAUCAAGGGAUCUCGAAUGGAGGACUUCCCGUCUGUCCGAAGGCAAAUCCUCGGAUCGCCGUAGCGAUCGAGAGAGCGGGGAAAGUGUCGUCGGUCCGUAUAAACUCAGUAUCUGUCCCGCGAGCGAAAGUACCCGGCGUGUCAUAACUCAAGGCGGGGAAAACGAAAGUGGGAUGGUCUCUUCCCAGACGCGAAGAGACCAAGCUAAAUACGUCGCGAAACUUGAGAGCCGACAGCGCGCGAGUUCUCGAUCAUUGGAUCAGAUUGCUCGGCGUCGUUCCGCGGAAAGUGGGACUGACAGCCCACGGGCGGCAACGUCUCCCAAUUUUUCCAGGGUAGGAAGACGUCUCGAUGCAGUCGUUUCCCCGAUUUUACGCGACUUCGCCGAGAGAACCAAAGGAGCACGCACGAAGUUCGAUCAGCCGCAAAGCUUGCGGUCCGCGCGACUGGUGCAAAUCGCCGUAAAGAACAGAAAUUCGUCCGCGAGUAAAAAUGUUGGGGUAGACGAGGUUGACGCUGGGACCGGCGUAAGGUAUCAAACGGCAGUCGAAGCAGCCGCCGCUUUGAGCGGCGGGGAGGAGACUGAGAAUUAUCGCAAAAUCACCCGCCCGAGCUCCGCCGAUCGGGUCGCGAGCGAAAAGGUCUCAUCUUCCCGUGAAACAACGAAGCCGCGGAAGACGACGAAGUCGGGCGGUUCAAAGGGAACAAUUUCUCCGGCGAGAGAAUGCGGCAGGCGACACGACGGCGUGCGGUCUAGGGUUUCACCGCGAGUCUCACCUUUGCGAAAAACCGCGGAAAUUACACGUGGCACCGCCACCCCGAAGACCUCAUCAUCCCGGAGUAUCCUGACGAAAGCGGAUCAAAGCACGGCGUCCAAACUUUCCACGUACACCGUGAAAGAUCGCGGCGUGCCGGUUGCGCGAAGAUUGGCAGAAUCGUUCAACAAAGUGAUGAGCGCGACACGCGGGAACGAGGAGCCCGGGGAUGGAGCCGCGAGAGAAUUUUUCAAAGUGCGAGACGAGAACAGUGACCUCGAGAGAAUGGACUCCGUGGAGUCGGCGCUGCGACGUUUUGAUGCCAUCGGCGCGGAAUUCGAGCGCUCGAGUCCCAUCACGAGUUUCCCUCGGGCGUCCCCGAGGAUCUCCUUGCGAACGAUGAACGCCCAAGCGAAAGCUCCCGUUAAAGAGGCGAUCUCAACCUCGGAAGCAGCAACGGAUUCUUCUCGCGGAGUAACCGAUCACGUGACUUUGCGAUCGACGCUGAGAUCUCCAGUCGGCGAUGGCCCAAAAGCUAAAAGCGCCGCGCGUAGAAGCGACUUGAGACUUCUCCAAAAGGAGACUCGUUUCUCCGGGGGGCCAACGACGAAAGUCGGAGGCUUUGUCGAGAGCAAGCGGGAAUCGACGAGAACGCGAUCGCCUACGUGCAAGCGACGACUGUUCGAAUCCGAGUCGGAGAAGGAGACUCGAGGAGAUCGGCCAGAAUCGAGUUGCGCAAAAGCGCGGAAGAAUGAGAAUUGUCCCUUGGUUUCGGAUUUCAGAUUUCGCCAAGACAAAGCGGUCUCGAGCGCGAGAGCUUUCGAAGAAAGAAUUGACGUUACGAGAGAAUCAACGGAGGAAACAUCUGCGUUUUCUGUGAAACCGUUGCGGUCCAUCGAGGACAUUCGCAAGUCGAUCGAUGACAAACGAAACAAAUUAACCGUUGCGAAGGAGUUGAGGUCAGCGAUUGCAAAUCGGCGUUUGAUCUCGCGAGAAGGUGUCGACGCGAGGAGGCCGAGACACCUCGCGACCGAUGUCGCGAGAUCGACUAAAAUUAAAUCCUGUGUAUCCAGGAUGACGAAGAGUCCGAGUCCCGAUUCGGCUGCGAUCAAACAACGUGAAACGAACGUACGAACGACGAGAGGAAGCACUCCUUCGUCCCCCUCGAAGAGUCCUGAUGUUGCCCCUAGGCGCACGACUGCAGAAUCGAGGAAUCAAGAAACGAAGUCCUCGAAAAGAACAACGAUCGCGAGAGGCGCGGACUCGAUUGGAAAUAAAACGAUCGACACUGUCGAUGGUGUCGUUUUCCAAAAUGGCUCGCCGAACGAAUCCACGAGAAGGAAAUCCGAUGCCCUCAUGAACGAUUUCGACGAUCGACCAUCGAAAGAGGAUGACGCGAUGCCAUCGAAAAAAUCGUCGGUCAAGAAAUUUUCUAACGAUAAGCAACAGACAGCUUCCAGUGCAUCGACUCGACCGACCUCGUCAAAUUCCAGUGUUAACUUAAUUCAAGAUUCCAGUGCGAAAGAUAGAAUGGCGGAAAGUGAAAAAGGAAAGCCACUAGGAAAAGUAGGAAGUAAAAAUAGAGGUAAAGGUAUAGAAAAGCCUUCUUCUAGUAACGGCAAGCUUGCAAACGCACCAAGUUUCAACGAAGAUGCUACUAACGACAUGAAGGGCCUGGUAAAGUGUAAAAUGUGCGGGCGCAGCUUCGCGCAGAAUCGAAUCGAUCUUCAUGAAAAUAUCUGUCUAAAAACUACGACCAAGAAGAGGAAGCAGUUCGAUCCUGUGAUGUCCCGAGUCAAAGGAACCGAACUCGAGCCUUUUGUUAAGAGAGGUCUCGCUAAGCGAGAGACAAAAAUGAAGAAAUCGGAGUCGAAGCCAGAUUGGCGGCGCAAGCACGAGGAAUUCAUCAACACGAUCCGCUACGCGCGGGAGACGCAGGCACGAUUGGCGGCUGGUGAAACUCUGGACGAUCUGCCUCCGCCGCCGCCAAGCGAUACCAGCGAUUACAUCCAGUGCGAGCACUGUGGCCGGAAGUUCAAUCGGUCCGCCGCAGAGCGGCACAUUCCCAUUUGCAAGCGUAUGCACGACAAGAAGCAGACGCAAGCGCCGAGGGCGCCGAGACGCUAGAGACUCGGGCAGAUUCUCCCUAUUAGGAAGAAGGAAGAUCGGUCCUGUGCUCCUGUACGAUAAAUUAGCGUCUACUUUUACUCCAAACGCACCCUUCACCGCCGAUUCGCAAGCGUAACACUACCCUUCGUGUCGUACGCGAGACACGACUCCCCCAUGUCGAAAUUUUCAUCUGCUUUACGUGUAACGUAAAUAAAAGAAAGCUUGAUAGGUUGAAGAACUCACGUUUCUAAAUCGUAAUCUUCAAUUUUAUUAAUUAAGGACAACGCGGAAGCAGACUCAACUGUGGAAUAUGAUUUGUAGCGCUAUGACGCGCUAUUUAAACGCGCGGUUUAAGGCGAUUUAAAUCGAGUGAGGCAGACGAAUAUUAACAAUAAAAAGAUAAUAUCUGUGAACUAACGGCAUAUCGUAAUCGAUCGAUAAAUUCCAGGUGGCCGAAUGACAGUAAUAAUCAUUUAAAAUCAACGUUUAAAAUCAAAUAGAUAUAAUACGUCGCUUUUUAUACGUGAUGCUGCUAUCACCCGAGAGCAGGUGCUUUAAAUAACUACCGACGAAAUUUUUUAUCGAUUGAAUUUUAUACUCGUUUCGUAAUUAAGUGCAACUUUUAUAACCGUAAGAAUUACAUGCGCGAAAUGAACAUGUAAAAAGAGGAUUAAUGUACAUGAAGGAAAUAUAUUAUACAUGGCACGAA